CACUGGGUCAUACGUGCUUCUUUCGAGGCCGCGUCGAAAAUUAUGGAUCAGUACCAGUACCAGUACCGUCGUAGUCGCGCACACCCGGAGCACAUUUCCUCAUCUCCCUCCGGUGUGCGUGCAGUGAUGCCAGGGUUACCUUGACCAUCUUAGUGUCGUGCACGUUGCUGGACACAGGCCCGACUGCUAACGAAAAGUCACGCAACUAACGAGUCUUCACUACUGCUAGUCUCGAGGUGGCACCGGAAUCGCACAGCCUGCAGCGGGCCUUUGCUCGGACCAGAGUCGUGCUACCCCGAAGCAUGGCACAUUCACAACGAGGAGGAGAGUGAUCGAUUUGUGCUGGCACGUACUAUCUCCCCCCACCUGAGGGCGUCGACCUGCGACUUUCAGCCUUCCACAAUCAUCGUUCGUUAGCAUGGGUCCUCCGCAAAGUGUUGGAAAGGGCGCGCCCCACGAGCCUUUGGAUGUGCGUCGCUCUCGUACUGCAUCGAACGCAAGUCAGAGCCGUGCGGCAUCUCAAGAGCGAAGCAUCUCUGUCGGCACCUCAGAGCCUUUGCCGGAGACGCAGGCAGCGCCCUUCGAAAAUGCACGAUUUCCAGCAAAUCAAAGUCCGGCUGUGGGCUUCUCCAAAAAGAUCUACGCUCAGUUGCUGGGUCUUAACCCAUUUGAGAACUCAUACUUGAGUCUUUACGACCCUCUGGAGGCGAAGAGUCACAAGGCUAUUGCCAUCGGAAGUGCCUUCUUCGCUGUUGUCGCUGGUAUACCACUCCCCAUCAUCGCUUACAUUUUCGGCAAAAUCAUCAACCAAUUUCCACCGGCCGAGGAUGCUCUCUACGAUCGGUUGGUGCAAUUAAUCGGAGUGGCGGUCGGCUAUUUCGUAGUCACGACAAUCUACACCAUCGGCUUUGGAUUGACUGCGGAGAAUGUCAGUAUCAAGUUGCGACAGCAGCUGCUGAAAUGCCUACUGCACCUGGACCAAGCCUAUCUGGACACCCACGACAUCGACGUCAAUGGACUGCUUACCGAGAAGAUGGAUACCAUCCAAGCGGGAUGUUCGGAGAAAGUGGGCAUCUUCAUCCAAGCGAUAUCCUAUUUCGUGGCUGCCUUUGUCGUCGGCUUCAUGUUGGAUGCCAGACUAACAGGCAUCCUCCUCGCCUCUGUUGUGCCCGCGGUCACUUUAAGCUUCGCUAUCUUAUCGCCUGCAGUUUCGAAAUGCAGUAAGGCUACCAACGAGAAGAACGAGCGAGCUAACGGGAUCGUCGAGAGCGCGCUUGGCGCCGUCCGAAUCGUUCAAGCUUUUGACAUGAUCGAAGCUCUUUGCCAGAGACACAUCGAAUUUGUCGGGGAGGCGACUCAUGCAAACCUCAAAAAGGCCGUUCUUGCGGCAUUGCAAGCAGCACUGGUCUAUUUCAUCGCUUUCUCCACGAACGCGCUGGCGUUCUUCCUCGGCAGCCGGUCAGCAGAUGGAGGAAAUGCGGGAACUGUAUAUGCCGUCGUACUUCUGAUCCUGGAUGCCUCCUUUGUGGUCGGCCAGUUUGCACCGUUCCUGGAGAUCUUUGCACGUGCUGCGGCAGCCAAGGCAGCAAUUCAGAAGCUUCUCGACGAGAGCAAUACCAGCGACAACACUGGCACGUAUCGCAAGACAGAUGUGAAGCCCAGCUUCGAAAGCUGCGACAUUGAAUUCCGAGGAGUUGAGUUUCAGUAUCCCGCAAGACCAACCGUAAAGAUAUUGAAGGGCUUGAACUUACUCUUUAAAGCGGGCACGUUCACUUCUUUGGUAGGCACCAGCGGUGGCGGAAAGUCUACGAUAGUGGCUUUGCUGUUGCGCAUCUACGACUACUCUGGACGCAUUGACAUUGCUGGCAAUGACCUCAAAGCCAUCGACUCUGGGCACUUGCGUUCCCAAGUUGCGGUCCUGGAUCAAGAUAACAUCUUGUUCUCUGGAACCAUCUUCGAGAACGUUUGUUACGGACUUUUGGGUCAAGACGUCACCGAAGAGGAGAAAGCAAAGCGUUGCGAUCAGGCACUCAGGGACGCAAACGUGGAUUUUCUGAAGAAGCUACCUCAAGGCGUCCACACUCGCCUUGGAAACGAGAUCCAGCUCUCUGGUGGUCAGCGGCAGAGAGUCUGCUUAGCACGAGCCUUGAUCAAACGACCUUCUGUUCUCAUUCUGGAUGAGCCGACUGCUGCACUCGAUGCAAGGUCCGAAGUUGCAGUCGUGGAGGCUGUAAAGAAUGUCGCCGCCACUGGAGUGACUGUCAUCAUGAUCGCCCACCGCCUGUCAACAACACUCGACUCGGACACGGUUGCAGUCAUCAGUGAUGGCCAAGUCGUCGAACAAGGAGCGCCACGCGAGCUCGCUUCGCGUGAAGACUCUGUUUUCCGCGGCCUACUGGAUGCUCAGAACACGAACUUCAGCGAUGCCGAGGAAUCUCCUGUAGAGGAAAGCACAUUUGGCUUGCACAGAACCAGGUCAUCAUAUCUGGUUGGGUCUGCAGAGUCAGAGGCUACUGAAGAGACUGAUUCGGAUGAUGCUAAAGCGAAGAUGAGUCUUUGGAACAUUGCGAAGCGCAUUGGAAGACUCGCCAAGAAAGACAGCUUGCUGGCCGUGGUUGGCAUUAUUGCCAGCAUAGUCAGCGGCGGCAUUCUCCUGGGACAAGCUGUUGUUUUUGGAAACUUGAUCGAAUUGCUGAACACUGGCCCGAGCAACCCCAACUACUACGAUCGGGCAGAUCUAUUCUGCCUCAUCUUCUUCAUACUGGCUUUGGUGGCCUUGACAUCGUAUUUGGCCAGUGGCAGCAUAUUCGGUGCAGUGUCGUCCAGGAUCACUGCUUCGAUGCAGACGCGGCUCUUGAAGCAUAUCUUACACCUCGACAUGCAGUGGUUCUCCGAAUCCGGCCAUUCUGUGCAGCAACUCAUGUCGAAAUUCACAAAAGAUCCAGGCGACCUUUCUGCUUUGGGUGGUGUGGCACUCGGAGCAAUCUUUACCAUCUUCACCUCCGUCAUUGGUGGCAUCAUUUUGUCGCACAUUGUUGCUUGGAAAAUUGCACUGGUCCUCCUCGCUGCCGUGCCUGUGAUGCUUAUCGCAGGCUGGGCACGACUACGCCUGCUCACCGCUUCCGAGAAUGAGCAUAGGGAAGCAUAUACAGAUGCCACAGCACUCGCCGCGGAAGCCUGCCGCAACCGUCGUGCCGUGACUGCCUUAUGCCUCGAGCAACAUCUGAUCGACCAAUAUCGUACUUCCCUCAUGACACCCUUCAAGAAGCUGCGGAACUUCGUGUACUAUGCCAACACAUUGCUCGCAUUUUGCUUCUCGGUUACUUACUUUGUCUAUGCUUUGGCAUACUGGUGGGGAGCGCGCAACGUCAGGAACGGCACAUACAGUACGACUGAUUUCUUCAUCGUACUCCCAGCUCUCCUGUUCUCGGCGCAGUCUGCUGGUCACUUCUUCAGUCUCAGUCCCGAAAUUGCACGCGCGAAGACUGCAUCUCGAAGCAUAUUCACACUGCUAGACUGUCAACCAAGUAUUAUGCGAACAGAAGCUCAGUAUGCAGCCCUGAAGUCCCCAACGACACCAUCGCUUUCGGACAGCAGUCCCAGCAAGUCGAUGGAGCUUGGGCCGAACGAGAAAUACGCACAGAAGCUCGAGUUCAAGAACGUGACCUUGAUGUAUCCCAACACAUCCAAACCAUCGCUGAGCGACAUCAACUUCACCAUCAGCCCGGGACAAACCGUUGCAUUUGUUGGUCCCUCAGGAGCUGGCAAAUCUUCUGCAAUGGCUCUGAUUGAGCGCUUCUACGAUGUCACGGAAGGUGCGCUCCUGUUCGACGGCCAAGAUGUGCGAGACAUGGACGUUCGCACAUUACGCAGCUGCAUGGGAUUGGUAUCUCAAGAACCCGACCUCUUCACAGGAUCGAUCGCGUACAACGUCAAAUUGGGAGCGCCUCCCGGCGUCACCAUCACAGAUCGGGAUGCGGAAGCCGUGUGCAAGAAGUGCGGCCUCCACGACUUCAUCACUAGUCUGCCAGAUGGCUAUAACACAGAGUGUGGAUCGAGCAGCUCUUCUCGGCUAAGCGGAGGCCAGAAACAACGACUGGCAAUCGCGCGAGCACUGGUGCGCAACCCAGAGGUUCUCCUGCUUGAUGAGCCUACAUCGGCGCUCGAUGCUCACAGCGAAGCACAUGUACAAGAAUCCCUGAACGAGGCCGCCAAAGGACGCACAACAAUCAUCGUCGCACAUCGAUUGGCAUCGAUCCAGCACGCCGACCAGAUAUUCGUUUUCGACCAGGGGAAGCUCGUAGCUCAGGGUACGCAUGCGGAGCUCGUGCGCCAAGGUGGACUGUAUGCUACCAUGGCCAAGACACAGGCUCUCGUUUGAUGUGCAGCUCUAGUCUGCAGAUUUUAGCAUGGCUUUGGGGCCACUUUGGUGUCGCACUACUCUUUCGGUUGUAGGCAUGGGGUCUGGCGUUUGGCACCAACGAAAAAAGUUUUUAUCUGAUCCGACAUGUCGCCCACUUGGCGAAUGGUCUAGAAAACAGUAGCGCACAAUGGAGGUUCUCCCGGAUCGUCGAC